AGACCUAAAGCUGGAGACUUUGCAGACUCUUGUCAAUCGUCAAGUGAAUUAUAAGUAAACGGACGCGAUUGAAACCGAGUUUUGCUAUUUAAAAUUAUAUAGACAAUUACUGUUUAUUUACAUCAGUUUUUAUUGAAUUUACAAAAAGUAUAAAUUUGUUGAUUAAUUAAUUUUGAUUUACAUAUAAAAUAAUUAGUUAUAAAAAAAAAACAAAAUUAAUGUAGUAAAUUAAGUAAUUGGUGAUAAAUAAUUGAUGUUAGUAAAAGAAUCUCAUUAAAAAAAUUUUUAAAAAAUACCGCGGGCCUGAAAUUUAUCCCGCUGUCAUUUACUUAUAACAGUAAUAAAUAACACGGAGUAAGGAGAAUAAUAAUAAUAAUAAUGGAAGGAGUUGGAGGUGUUUUAACAGCAGAGCGUAGCCCGGCUCGUGCUAAUUUGCACGUGGCUUUCACAGAAAAAGGUGAAGUUAAAGAAAAACGUGAGAAAUUUCUCACAGCUAAAUAUGGUUCACAUCAGAUGUCUUUAAUUAGAAAAAGACUUGCCGUUGAGAUGUGGCUCUUUGAUGAACUUCAAAAGCUCUAUGAAUCAGUGAGUGAUAAUGGAAAAAGUCGAGAAGUCGAAGUUGAUAUUGAUGAGUUAUUAGAUAUGGAUAGUGAUGAUCAUAGACGAACUUUUUUACAAGAACUGUUGGUCGAUGCUAAAAAACCCCAUGAUGUAAAGAAAUUUAUAAACGAUUUGCUAGAGAAGGCAAAAACACUCUGAAAAGUAUGUACCUGCCAUGGAUUAGAUCUACUGAUACGCAAGGUCGUGAUUUGCUCAGCUUUUUUAUUAAUACUAGAAGAGGCCAGUGAAAAAAAAAAUAUGUGAGUUAUCAAUUUAUAUACUAAUUGAUAAAAAACAUUAAAUCUAUAAAUUUGAUAAAGCUCAAUUGAGUUAACGGCAAAUAAGACAGCGUAUUUUACAUAUUUUAUUUACUAACUAUUAAUUAUUAUUAUUAUUAAUAUUAAUAUUUUUUAUUUUACCAGCUAAGAGUUUAUCAAACUAAGAUUUAAUUAUACGACUGAACCCCUACUUAAUUUAUGUUCGCUUUCAAUAAUUUUUUAAAAUUAAAUUUAUUUUUAAAAUAAUAUUUUUCGCUGGUUGGAAAGUUUAAAAGCGAUGCCAUCCAUUUAACAAUCGCGUGGCAAAGUUUAUUGAUGGUACAAAAAAAACAAAUUUGAAAAAUAAAAAAUUUGUCAGAGCAAUAGAUUUUUUAAAUUUGUAUGAGUAAAUUCCAGUUGCGCUAAAAAAUUUGUGUAAUAAAAGUGAAAAUCAAGUACGUAAAUAAAAUAAAAAUAAUAAUAAUCACUAGAACAGAGACACGUGGCACUUAAAAUUAGUAAUUUGUAUAUCGAUGUAAUAGGCAAGUCAAUUAAGUGCCAAAUAGAUGAAUCACGUUCCAAAAGUACUUUAGAAGUAACUAAAAAAAUAAUUUUUAAAAUAAUAAAUUUAAAUAAAUAGUUAAGAUGUAUAUCUAUAGUAAUGUCUAGUGUCUCGCGUGUUCUGGUAGCUCUAGAUUUAUUUUAUUAUCGUUAUUUCUGUCGAUAUUAUUGUCAAUAAAUUUAUUCAGUGGAGAGAGAUCGGAUUAGAAGAAAAGGGAAGGAAAUUAAAAUGAUAUCACUUAUCGAUUUUAAAAGAUUUCAUAAAUUUUAGCAAAAUUAUUUAUAAAAAUGUUGAAGUUUUAAUAAAUAAAUUCGGCGUUUAUCUUCUUUACUGUUAAUUAAAUGUCAUUAUUAUUACUGUCGUAAUUAUUUAAAUAAAAUGAAUUUUAAAUUUAAAUUUAAAUAUCACUGCCGAAAUAAAUCAAAUCUACGGCUUGGAAUUCAAUUUAAUGAAACUAUUGGUAACAUCUGGUAGUAAAAUUUAAUCGCUUGAGUAGACACAUAUCUUUUAAUUAUCUCUCUGCAUAUCUGAAGAUUUACUAAAAAAAUUUAAAUAAAAUUU